UCGGCUCGGAGGGGGUUGCGACGCCAGUUACUCAUCGGAUCGAUCGCCCAGAGGACGAGAAGAGCCGAGAAACUCGCUUCGGCCCGCCCCGCAGCACAGGGGGUGGGCUCGACUGCUCGAGUUUGAACGCUGAUAAUAUCUAGAUCUCAUCCGAGGUGGAACGUGGACUGCGGUGGACCGACGACCGCAUCCGAUGGCUUCCGCAUCCGUCACUCCGGUCCCCGUGGCCCGCGCGGCGGCGAGAUCAUGCACCCGGUCCGCAUCCACGGGGCCCGUAUCGACCCGCCGGUGGACAUCCAUCUCUCCGCCCGGGACCUCGAGGGACCUCCGAAGCCGCGGGUCGGAUGAACCCUCAUCAGAUCGAACGCCCGGAUCCACCAGGACCGCCGCGUUCUUCCACGACUACCACCACCACAGCUUCGACCACACGCACGACCGCGCCUAUCAGAGGUGGCUCGCCGACCUCACCGCGGUGGUGAAGCACAAAACAUGGAGCGCCCUACCGGCCUUGCUCCGGUUCCCCCACGCCGAGCCGGAUGUCGUGCUCCAACUCGCCGCGGGCGAGGGUCAGACGGGGCUGGUGAAGCGGAUCCUGGAGUCGUUCCCUGGCGCGGUCGAACCCGGGGGACCCGCGGCGGCGGGAGCGGCGGUCACGGCCGCGUCCAGGGGGCAUCACAACGUGGUGGUCGCCCUCCUGGACCACGGGCUCGACGCUGACGCCGUGGACGAGCACGACGUCGCGUUGAUCCUCGCCGCCGCGGGCGCCUCCGACGUGUGCGGCGAGGGAUGCGCGGCGAGGUGCGUUGGGACGCUGUUGGAGCGAGGCGCGGACGCCAACGCGUCGGCGUCGAGAAAAGGGUGGAAGCCGUUGAUGGCGGCGGCAAAGACGGGCGAGUGGCGGGUGGCGGAGUUGCUCCUAAACGCCGGCGCCGACGUCGAGGCGAGGUACCCCAACGGUAAAACGCCCCUGUACUGCGCCGCCGAGUGGGGGCACGCCAAAGCGGUGGAAGUGCUGCUCGCGCACGGCGCGAGGCCGGACGUGGCCGCGGACAGGCUCAUGACGGACCACACGGCGGCGACAUCGCGGGGCGUGCUUCCGGCGGAGGUGGCGGCGAGGAACGGACACAAAGCGUGCGCCGACAUCCUUUUCGAAGCCAACGCGGCGGCGCGGCGGGGGCGAGGAGAUGCGAAGGGUAAGAGUCUCGAGCCGCGCGUGCCGGAGACUACGAUCAAGGGUGGGGAGUCCUGGUGAAGGCGCACUCUGUUGUAAAACGACGUCGUUGUAUGAAAUUUCAAACUAAACGAAGUGUGUGCUGCGC